AUGCAAACUAGAAAGACCCUCUCUUGGAUAAAGGAAGAGAUUACUCGCUCCAUUUCCGUAUCGCUCAUGAUAUAUAUAAUAACUGGGGCAUACAUUUCAAAUGCAUAUCCCAUUUUUGCACAGCAGGGUUAUGAAAAUCCGCGCGAAGCAACUGGUCGUAUUGUAUGCGCGAAUUGUCAUUUAGCUAAUAAGCCCGUGGGUAUUGAGGUUCCACAAGCGGUACUUCCUGAUACUGUAUUUGAAGCAGUUGUUCGAAUUCCUUAUGAUAUGCAACUAAAACAAGUUCUUGCUAAUGGUAAAAAGGGAGCUUUGAAUGUGGGGGCUGUUCUUAUUUUACCUGAGGGGUUUGAAUUAGCCCCUCCUGAUCGUAUUUCGCCAGAGAUGAAAGAAAAGAUAGGUAAUCUCUCUUUUCAGAGUUAUCGCCCCGCUAAAAAAAAUAUUCUUGUGAUAGGUCCCGUUCCUGGUCAAAAAUAUAGUGAAAUCACCUUUCCUAUUCUUUCUCCGGACCCUGCUGCUAAGAAGGAUGCUCACUUCUUAAAAUAUCCCAUAUACGUAGGCGGGAACAGGGGAAGGGGUCAGAUUUAUCCCGACGGGAGCAAGAGUAACAAUACGGUUUAUAAUGCUACAGCAGCGGGUAUAGUAAGCAAAAUCAUACGAAAAGAAAAAGGGGGGUACGAAAUAACUAUAACAGAUGCGCCAGAGGGGCGUCAAGUGAUUGAUAGUAUCCCCCCAGGACCAGAACUUCUUGUUUCAGAAGGCGAAUCCAUCAAACUCGAUCAACCAUUAACAAGUAAUCCUAAUGUGGGCGGAUUUGGUCAGGGAGACGCAGAAAUAGUACUUCAAGACCCAUUACGUGUCCAAGGCCUUUUGUUCUUCUUGGCAUCCGUUAUUUUGGCACAAAUCUUUUUGGUUCUUAAAAAGAAACAGUUUGAGAAGGUUCAAUUGUCCGAAAUGAAUUUCUAG